AUGUACGCUUGCUGUUCUACAGUAACUUUAGAACAGGACCUCAACAAAAAAAUGCAUAUCUGGAUGCUGCAGACGAUCGCGUUUGCUUUAACAUCGCUAGUCCUUUCAUGGGCAGAAAGCAUCGAAUAUUAUGGGGAAAUCUGUGAUAAUGCUUGUCCUUGUGAGGAGAAGGACAGCAUCUUAACGGUGAGCUGUGAAAACCGAGGGAUCAUCAGCCUUUUUGAGAUCAGUCCACCAAGGUUCCCUGUCUACCACCUCUUGUUGUCCGGGAACCUUUUGAACAGGCUGUACCCGAACCAGUUUGUCAAUUACACAGGGGCUUCAAUUUUGCAUCUCGGGAGCAAUGACAUACAAGACAUCGAAACUGGGGCCUUUCAUGGUCUGAGAGGCUUAAGGAGGCUGCACCUGAACAACAACAAGCUGGAACUUUUACGGGAUGACACUUUCCUUGGGCUAGAGAGUUUGGAAUACCUACAGGUCGAUUACAAUUACAUUAGUGUCAUUGAACCCAAUGCCUUCAGCAAACUGCAUUUGCUGCAGGUGCUGAUUCUCAAUGAUAACCUCCUCUCCAGUUUGCCCAACAACCUUUUCCGUUUUGUGCCCUUAACUCACCUGGACCUGAGGGGUAACCGGCUGAAGCUGUUGCCCUAUGUGGGCCUUUUGCAGCACAUGGAUAAAGUGGUGGAGCUGCAGCUGGAGGAAAACCCCUGGAAUUGCUCUUGCGAAUUGAUUUCUCUAAAGGAUUGGCUGGACAGUAUCUCCUACUCCGCUCUGGUGGGAGAUGUGGUUUGUGAGACUCCUUUCCGCUUACAUGGUCGAGACUUGGAUGAAGUUUCCAAGCAGGAGCUUUGCCCCAGGAGGCUCAUUUCAGAUUAUGAAAUGCGACCGCAGACACCAUUGAGCACUACAGGGUAUUUCCACACUACCCCGGCCUCGGUCAACUCCGUGGCCACUUCUUCUUCAGCUGUUUACAAAUCCCCUUUGAAGCCCCCCAAAGGCACCCGCCAACCCAACAAGACGAGGGUGCGCCCCACCUCACGCCUGCCCUCAAAAGACCUGGGAUACAGCAACUAUGGCCCCAGCAUUGCCUACCAGACCAAAUCCCCGGUGCCUUUGGAGUGCCCCACCGCCUGCACUUGCAACUUGCAGAUUUCUGACCUGGGCCUCAAUGUCAAUUGUCAGGAGAGAAAGAUAGAGAGCAUUUCUGAACUGCAGCCCAAACCCUAUAAUCCUAAGAAGAUGUAUUUGACGGAAAACUACAUUGCGCUGGUACGCAGGGCAGAUUUUGUGGAUGCCACUGGGCUAGAUUUGCUGCAUUUGGGCAAUAAUCGUAUCUCGGUCAUUCAGGACCGGGCUUUUGGGGAUUUAACUAAUUUGAGAAGGCUGUAUCUGAAUGGGAACCGGAUUGAGCAUCUGAGCCCAGAGCUGUUCUAUGGGCUGCAAAGCCUGCAGUACCUCUUCCUGCAGUACAACGUCAUCCGGGAGAUAGAGGCGGGCACCUUCCAAUCUGUCCCCAACCUUCAGCUCUUGUUUUUGAACAACAACCUGCUGAGGUCUUUGCCAGGGAACAUUUUUUCUGGUCUGUCUCUCUACAGGCUGAGCCUGCGGAGCAACCACUUCUCCUACCUGCCCGUGAGUGGGGUGCUGGACCAGCUGAAAUCCCUGCUGCAGAUAGACCUUCACGAGAACCCCUGGGACUGCACCUGCGAUGUGGUGGGCAUGAAGUUGUGGCUGGAGCAGCUCAACACUGGUGUCCUGGUGGACCAGGUCAUCUGCGAGUCCCCGAAGAAGUUUGCCCAGAGCGACAUGCGGGCUGUCCGGGCUGAGCUGCUCUGCCCUGACUACUCCGACAUUGUCGUCUCCACCCCGACGCCCUCCCCGGGCCAGCUGCCGGCCAGGACCACCCCGUCCUCCUCCACCGUGCGUCUCAACGGCACGGCGGCGGCGGGUGGCUCCGCGCCCGCGGGCGGCGCUGGCGGCGGCAGCUCCUCGGUGCCGCUCUCGGUGCUGAUCCUCAGUCUGCUGCUGGUCUUUAUCAUGUCCGUCUUCGUGGCAGCGGGGCUCUUCGUCCUGGUGAUGAAACGGCGCAAGAAGGGCCAGGGCGACCACGCCAGCACCAACAACUCCGACGUGAGCUCGUUCAACAUGCAGUACAGCGUCUACAGCGGCGGCCACCAGCACCACCACCAUCCCCACCUCCAGCAGCAUCCGUCCCACCGCGGCGGCGGAGCCGGCGGGGGGGGCGCGGCGCUGCCCAAAGUUAAGACCCCCGCUGGGCACGUCUACGAGUACAUCCCGCACCCCCUGGGCCACAUGUGCAAAAACCCCAUCUACCGCUCCCGGGAGGGUAACGCGGGCGAGGAUUACAAAGACCUCCACGAGCUCAAGGUCACCUACAGCAGCCACCCUCUGCAGCCCGGCGGGGGUGCCCCGUCUCCUCCAGGCCCCCCGCCGCCGGCAGCGCCCGGCGGGGAGGACGCGCCGGUGCGCAGCCCCGCGUACAGCGUGAGCACCAUCGAGCCGCGGGAGGAGCUGCUGUCCCCGGUACAAGACGCCGACCGCUUUUACAGGGGCAUUUUGGAGCCCGACAAGCACUCCUCGUCCUCCACGCUGGGGACAGCCGGGUCCACCCUCCCCGACUACCCCAAACUCCCCGCUGCAUACACCUACUCCCCCAACUAUGACCUUAGGCGUGCCCCACAGUACUUGCACCCGGGCCCGGGGGACGGCAGGCUCCGGGAGACGGUGCUCUACACCCCCCCGAGUACUGUCUAUGUAGAGCCCAACAGGAACGAGUACCUGGAGCUAAAAGCAAAACUAAAUGCAGAGCCGGACUACCUCGAAGUGCUGGAAAAACAGACCACAUUCAGCCAGUUCUGAGAAACAGCCCCCCUCCCCCUUCUGCCCUCCGAUCCUCCCGCCAGCCACAGCAGCUCCUUCUCUAGAGUAUUUGUAUUUAACAACCACACGCAAAACAAAGAAACGUAAAUGCUGACCUCCCCCCACCUCGCCCACCUCCUGUUUCCCCCCUUUAAUUCAUUUUAUUGUAGGGUGAAGUGCCUUGGCACAGGAUUUUUCAGCUUUGGGGAAUGAAUAUGAAAGGGUGUGCUGUUUAUUUUCAGUUGUGUUUUUUUUUUUUUUUCCCUUUUCUCAGUUUGUAGUGUGUUUGGAAGUAAGAAACCACCUAUUGUAUACAUUGGGCACAGCACUGCCAUUGUGUGUGUAUCCAUGCAUGCUUGGGGGAAGGUGGCAGGAGGGUCUUGUCAGGUCAUAUUCAGGUUACAAGUAUGAAAGUCAUGGUCACUUUAGGUUUUUGUACAGACAUUGUUUAAUUUUGUUUUUUUUUCUGGUUGAAGAGUGCAGCGCACAUUUUCCCCUUUUAUCCAUGGGCGAGUCUAAAUGGCUUUUAUGGAGAUAUUAGCACACCCCAACUUUAAUACAAGGUUUCCUUUUUUUAAGGAUGUGUUUGUAUACUUUCUGGACUUUUGAAUUAAAAUAUAUUAUGAUCUUUAAAAGGAUCACUGUAGAUGUGGGCAAAUCAUUAAAGUGCAGAGAUAUAUGAUCCAUAACUGGUUAGUGAAAAUAACUUAUUGAUGAAAUAUAAAAAAUAUUUUAUUGUAGCACCUAUUUUUAUAUGUACAUUAGCAUUUCUCUUCACUAUUUUAGGGCCUAGUCCUGCAAAUUCUUACUCAUUUGAGUAUGUCUACUUGUGAAAGAAGCCCAAGUUUAGGCCUUCAUCCUGCAAGCACUUAAACAUACGAAAAACUCUACCAAUGGGUAUAGUCUCAUAGACUCACUCAUUGAGCAAAGUUAGUCACAUGCCCAAAAGAUCAGGAUAGAAGAUACAGAGCUAUUCUUACAACUAAAACUACUGGGACAUUUAAGUGUUUCCUCUUUUUUCAGGAUGGGGUCCAGAGUCUGUGUAUUGCUUUAAAGUUUUGCACUACAUUGAGAGCUUUUUUUCCCAAAGCUGAUACCGUUUCAGAAGGACGUUUUAAAUCAUUACAAAUAAUGCUAAUUAUGACCGAAUCUUAACAGACAAUCCAAGACAUAAAAUCUGAUCACAACAGAAAA